AUGGCAAUGUUGCCUCCCCCGGGACCUCAGAGCUUUGUCUUCUUCACAAAACAGUCUCUUGCCCUCAUUGAACAACGUAUUGCUGAAGGAAAAGCAAAGGAACCCAAAGAAGAAAAGAAAGACGAUGACGAAGAAGGGCCAAAGCCAAGCAGUGACUUGGAAGCCGGCAAACAGCUGCCCUUCAUCUAUGGGGACAUUCCUCCAGGCAUGGUGUCAGAGCCCCUGGAGGACUUGGACCCUUACUAUGCAGACAAAAAAACGUUCAUAGUGUUGAACAAAGGGAAAGCAAUCUUCCGUUUCAAUGCCACACCUGCUUUGUACAUGCUCUCUCCUUUCAGUCCUCUCAGAAGAAUAUCUAUUAAGAUUUUAGUACAUGCCGCAUUCAGCAUGCUUAUCAUGUGCACUAUUUUGACGAACUGCAUAUUUAUGACCAUGAGUAAUCCUCCAGACUGGACCAAGAAUGUAGAGUACACUUUUACUGGAAUAUAUACUUUUGAGUCACUUGUGAAAAUCCUUGCAAGAGGAUUCUGUGUAGGAGAAUUCACUUUUCUUCGUGACCCAUGGAACUGGCUUGAUUUCAUAGUCAUUGUCUUUGCGUAUUUAACAGAAUUUGUAAACCUAGGCAAUGUUUCAGCUCUUCGAACUUUCAGAGUGUUGAGAGCUUUGAAAACUAUUUCUGUAAUUCCAGGCCUGAAGACCAUCGUGGGGGCCCUGAUCCAGUCUGUGAAAAAGCUGUCAGAUGUCAUGAUCCUGACUGUGUUCUGUCUGAGCGUGUUUGCCCUGAUUGGGCUGCAGCUCUUUAUGGGCAACCUGAAGCAUAAAUGUGUGCAGACUUCACUUGCAAAUAAUGAAACAAUAGAAGACAUAUUGAAUACCCUCGAUGAAGAAGAAUAUGCAAAAUAUUUUUAUUACUUGGAGGGAUCCAAAGAUGCUCUCCUUUGUGGUUUCAGCACCGAUUCAGGUCAGUGUCCAGAAGGGUACACCUGUAAGAAGAUUGGCAGAAAUCCUGACUAUGGCUACACGAGCUUCGAUACUUUCAGUUGGGCCUUCUUAGCCUUGUUUCGGCUAAUGACCCAGGAUUACUGGGAAAACCUUUACCAACAGACCCUGCGUGCUGCUGGGAAAACCUACAUGAUCUUCUUUGUUGUGGUGAUUUUCCUGGGAUCCUUUUAUCUAAUAAACUUGAUCUUGGCUGUUGUUGCCAUGGCCUAUGAAGAACAGAACCAGGCCAACAUUGAAGAAGCGAGGCAGAAAGAGUUGGAAUUUCAGCAGAUGCUAGAUCGACUUAAAAAAGAGCAAGAGGAAGCUGAGGCAAUAGCAUUAGCAGCAGCUGAAUAUACCAGCAUUGGGAGAAGCAGAAUAAUGGGUCUCUCUGAGAGUUCUUCUGAAACAUCCAGACUGAGCUCUAAAAGUGCUAAAGAAAGAAGAAACAGGAGAAGGAAAAAGAACCAAAAGAAACUCUCCAGUGGGGAAGAAAAGGGAGAUGAUGAGAAACUGUCCAAAUCGGAAUCCGAGGAGAGCAUCAGGAGAAAAAGUUUCCACCUUGGUGUUGAAGGUCAUAGACGAGCACGUGAAAAAAGAUUGUCUACCCCUAACCAGUCACCACUCAGCAUCCGAGGCUCCUUGUUUUCUGCAAGGCGGAGCAGCAGAACAAGUCUUUUCAGCUUCAAAGGUCGAGGAAGAGAUAUUGGAUCUGAGACUGAAUUUGCCGAUGACGAGCACAGCAUCUUUGGCGACAACGAGAGCAGGAGGGGCUCCCUGUUUGUGCCCCACAGACCUCGGGAGCGGCGCAGCAGUAACAUCAGCCAAGCUAGUAGGUCUCCCCCAGUGCUGCCAGUGAAUGGGAAGAUGCACAGCGCUGUCGACUGCAACGGCGUGGUCUCCUUGGUGGAUGGACCCUCCGCCCUCAUGCUACCCAAUGGACAGCUCCUGCCAGAGGUGAUAAUAGAUAAGGCAACUUCUGAUGACAGCGGUACAACCAAUCAAAUAUACAAGAAAAGACGUCACAGUUCUUACCUCCUUUCUGAGGAUAUGUUGAAUGACCCCAAUCUCAGACAAAGGGCAAUGAGUAGGGCAAGCAUAUUAACAAACACUGUAGAAGAACUUGAGGAGUCCAGACAGAAAUGUCCACCUUGGUGGUACAGAUUUGCACACACAUUCUUGAUCUGGAAUUGCUCUCCAUAUUGGAUAAAAUUCAAAAAAUUUAUCUAUUUUAUUGUAAUGGAUCCUUUUGUAGAUCUUGCUAUUACCAUUUGCAUAGUUUUAAACACAUUGUUCAUGGCUAUGGAACAUCACCCAAUGACUGAGGAAUUCAAAAAUGUGCUCGUUGUGGGAAAUUUGGUCUUUACUGGCAUCUUUGCAGCUGAAAUGGUUUUAAAACUAAUUGCCAUGGAUCCAUAUGAGUAUUUCCAAAUAGGAUGGAAUAUUUUUGAUAGUCUUAUCGUGACCUUAAGCUUAGUGGAACUUUUUCUGUCAGAUGUGGAAGGAUUGUCAGUUCUACGAUCAUUCAGACUGCUCCGAGUUUUCAAGUUGGCAAAAUCUUGGCCAACACUGAACAUGCUGAUCAAGAUCAUCGGCAAUUCAGUGGGGGCUCUGGGAAACCUCACCCUGGUGUUGGCCAUCAUUGUCUUCAUUUUUGCUGUGGUUGGCAUGCAGCUCUUUGGUAAGAGCUACAAAGAAUGUGUUUGCAAGAUCAAUGAAGACUGCAAACUCCCUCGCUGGCACAUGAACGACUUCUUCCACUCCUUCCUGAUUGUGUUCCGGGUGCUGUGUGGAGAGUGGAUAGAGACCAUGUGGGACUGCAUGGAGGUCGCCGGGCAAGCCAUGUGCCUUAUUGUUUACAUGAUGGUCAUGGUCAUUGGAAACCUGGUGGUCCUCAACCUAUUUCUUGCUUUAUUACUGAGCUCAUUUAGUUCAGACAAUCUUACAGCAAUUGAAGAAGACACUGAUGCAAACAACCUGCAGAUUGCAGUGGCCAGAAUUAAGACGGGAAUAAAUUAUGUGAAACAAACCUUACGUGAGUUUGUUCUAAAAGCAUUUUCCAAAAAGCCAAAGAUUUCCAAAGAGAUAAGACAAACAGAAGAUCUAAAUUGUAAAAAGGAAAACUACAUCUCUAACCGCACACUUGCUGAAAUGAGCAAGGAUCACAAUUUCCACAAAGAAAAAGAUAAAACCAGUGGUUUUGGAAACAACAUGGACAAAUACUUAAUGGAAGAAAGUGAUGGUCAAUCAUUUAUUCAUAAUCCCACCCUCACAGUGACAGUGCCCAUUGCACCUGGGGAAUCUGAUUUGGAAAUUAUGAACACUGAGGAACUUAGCAGUGAUUCAGAUAGCGAAUACAGCAAAGGGAGGCUGAACCGAUCAAGUUCCUCAGAGUGCAGCACAGUUGAUAACCCUGUGCCUGGAGAAGGAGAAGAGGCAGAGGCUGAGCCUGUAAAUUCAGAUGAGCCAGAGGCCUGUUUCACAGAUGGUUGCGUACAGAGGUUCCCAUGCUGUCAAGUCAACAUAGAAUCAGGGAAAGGAAAAAUCUGGUGGAACAUCAGGAAAACCUGCUUCAGGAUAGUUGAGCACAGUUGGUUUGAAAGCUUCAUUGUUCUCAUGAUCUUGCUCAGCAGUGGUGCUCUGGCUUUUGAAGAUAUAUAUAUUGAAAAGAAAAAGACCAUUAAGAUUAUCCUGGAGUAUGCUGACAAGAUAUUCACUUAUAUCUUCAUUCUGGAAAUGCUUCUAAAAUGGGUAGCAUAUGGUUACAAAACCUAUUUCACCAAUGCCUGGUGUUGGCUGGAUUUCUUAAUUGUCGAUGUUUCUUUGGUUACAUUAGUUGCAAACACUCUUGGCUACUCAGAUCUUGGCCCCAUUAAAUCCCUCCGGACACUUAGAGCUUUAAGACCUCUGCGAGCUUUAUCUAGAUUUGAAGGAAUGAGGGUGGUUGUGAAUGCACUCAUCGGUGCAAUUCCUUCUAUCAUGAAUGUGCUGCUUGUGUGUCUCAUAUUCUGGCUGAUAUUCAGCAUCAUGGGAGUAAAUUUGUUUGCUGGGAAGUUUUAUGAGUGUAUUAACACCACAAAUGGACUACGGUUUCCUACGAAUGAAGUUGAAAACCGUUCUGCCUGUCUUGCGCUUAUGAAUGUUAGUCAGAAUGUGCGAUGGAAAAACCUAAAAGUGAACUUUGAUAAUGUUGGACUUGGUUACCUGUCUCUACUUCAAGUGGCAACGUUUAAGGGAUGGAUGGAUAUUAUGUAUGCAGCAGUUGAUUCUGUUAAUGUAGACAAGCAGCCCAUUUAUGAAUAUAGCCUCUACAUGUAUAUUUAUUUUGUCAUCUUCAUCAUCUUCGGGUCAUUCUUCACUUUGAACUUGUUCAUUGGUGUCAUCAUAGAUAAUUUCAACCAACAGAAAAAGAAGCUUGGAGGUCAAGAUAUCUUUAUGACAGAAGAACAGAAGAAAUAUUACAAUGCGAUGAAAAAGCUGGGAUCCAAGAAACCACAAAAGCCAAUUCCUCGGCCAGGGAACAAAUUCCAAGGAUGUAUCUUUGACCUAGUAACAAACCAAGCUUUUGAUAUAGCCAUCAUGGUUCUGAUCUGCCUCAACAUGGUAACCAUGAUGGUAGAAAAAGAGGGACAAAGUGAAUACAUGACUGAAGUUUUAUAUUGGAUCAAUGUGGUUUUUAUUAUCCUGUUCUCUGGAGAAUGUGUGCUGAAACUGAUCUCUCUCAGAUGCUACUACUUCACUGUAGGCUGGAACAUCUUUGAUUUUGUGGUUGUAAUUCUCUCCAUUGUAGGUAUGUUUCUGGCAGAUUUGAUAGAAAGGUAUUUUGUGUCCCCUACCCUAUUCCGAGUGAUCCGUCUUGCCAGGAUUGGCCGAAUCCUUCGUCUGAUCAAAGGGGCCAAGGGGAUCCGCACGCUGCUCUUUGCUUUGAUGAUGUCCCUUCCUGCGCUGUUUAACAUCGGCCUCCUGCUCUUCCUGGUCAUGUUCAUCUAUGCCAUCUUUGGAAUGUCUAACUUCGCCUAUGUUAAAAAGGAAGCUGGAAUUAAUGACAUGUUCAACUUUGAGACCUUUGGCAACAGCAUGAUCUGCCUGUUCCAGAUUACCACCUCUGCUGGCUGGGAUGGAUUGCUAGCGCCUAUCCUCAACAGUGCACCACCGGACUGUGACCCCAAAAAAGUUCACCCUGGAAGCUCAGUUGAAGGAGACUGUGGGAACCCAUCUGUCGGGAUAUUCUAUUUUGUCAGUUACAUCAUCAUAUCAUUUCUGGUCGUGGUGAAUAUGUACAUCGCUGUCAUCCUGGAGAACUUCAGUGUUGCUACUGAAGAAAGUACUGAGCCCCUGAGUGAGGACGAUUUUGAGAUGUUCUAUGAGGUUUGGGAGAAGUUUGAUCCAGAUGCGACUCAAUUUAUAGAAUAUAGCAAACUCUCUGACUUUGCAGCUGCACUGGAUCCUCCUCUUCUCAUAGCAAAACCAAACAAAGUCCAGCUCAUUGCCAUGGACCUGCCCAUGGUCAGUGGGGACAGGAUCCACUGCCUUGACAUCUUAUUUGCUUUUACAAAGCGUGUUUUGGGGGAAGGUGGAGAGAUGGACUCUCUUCGUUCACAGAUGGAAGAAAGGUUCAUGUCUGCAAAUCCUUCUAAAGUGUCUUAUGAGCCCAUCACAACUACUCUAAAAAGAAAGCAAGAGGAUGUGUCUGCUACAGUUAUUCAGCGUGCUUACAGACGUUACCGCUUACGGCAACAUGUCAAAAAUAUAUCAAGUAUAUACAUCAAAGAUGGUGACAGAGAUGAUGAUUUGCCCAAUAAAGAACAUAUGGUUUUUGAUAAUGUUAAUGAGAACUCAAGUCCAGAAAAAACAGAUGCAACUCCAUCCACUGUCUCUCCACCUUCAUAUGAUAGUGUAACAAAACCAGACAGAGAGAAAUAUGAAAAAGACAAAACAGAAAAGGAAGACAAAGGGAAAGAUGGCAAGGAAGGCAAAAAAUAG